GAGAGGGAGAGAGAGACGGGGAGACCUCUGAAAACCACCCGCCCCAUUGGCGAUGCGAUAGUCCCCCUCCACCUCCACCACCGCCCGCCCCCCGGCCCCUCGGGGUCGCCGCCGUCGCCGCUGCCCCCUCCGUCCUCGCCGGGGCAUCGCGCGCCGCUGUCUCCGCCCCGCCCCCGCCGGAAAGCUCGAGUCUUGGGCCGGCCGGCCGGCCGUCCGUCCGUCCCCUCUGACUGAUUGAUUGAGAUCCGCGCCCGGAGCCGCGGAAUCGCGCAUGAUCUAGCAAUGGAGCCGUCGGAUCUGAACACGCACCUGCCGCCGCGGAAGCGGCUGCUGGCGGGGCUCCGGACGGCGGCCGCGGCCUCUCCCUGCGACGCCGCCGGGCCCGAGCCCGCGCCCGAGCCGCCCUUGCUCCUGCCCGACGGCCUCGCCGCCCGCCUCCGCGCCAUGCCGCCGGCCAGCACGCAGCAGGAGAUCAUCCAGGCCGCCCAGCGCGCGGCCGACGCUGCCGCCGCCGCCGCGGCCGCCGCCCGGGCGGCUGCUGUCGACAAGGCGGCCGUGGCCGCCAGGGCUAGGGCUGCCGCCAGGGCUGCCAUGGAGUUCCUCGACUCCCUCUGCAUCGCUGGCACGUCCAGAAAUGGGAUCCAGCUGCUCAAACCGAAAUCCAAGAAGAAACAUGUGCAGGUCAAGCUCCUGUACAGGCCGCCCUCGUCCAAUGGCCGGGCGAUCGAGGGUGCAGAAGAGGCUGUGGGCGGUGAUGCCACUCCCAGGCCGCAUCGUCGGCGCAGGGAGAGCGACGAGGAGGUCGCUCGCAAGCUGCACCGCGUGAUGAAUAGCUCGCCCCGGAUUUCCUUCACCGGACCCAAGAGACCCCGUGGUAUUGCCGAUGGGAAAGAUGGGUUCCAUAGUGAUGGGGGUGGGGGUGAUGCUUGCAAUGGUUCCUCGAUGCACACGCCAACUGAGGUUGGUUUCGUUAACGGAGGAAGCUCUGUAGGGAAAUCCGGUGAGAGAACUAUCUACUCUUCCAAGAUUAGGGCUCCGGACGACGACGGUGAAGAGUAUCCUUGGAACACUGCAAAGAGCAGCAGGCACAUUGCUGACAAUGGAGAUGGAAUCGGAAACCUAAGCGCUGGUCGGAAAGUGAAGAUCAAGAGGAAGCAGCUGUUUUUGAACCACCAUUCUAACGGUGAACAGAGAGAAGAGGAUAAAGAAACAGAGCAAUCCAGAGAUCCUCCCAUAGGAUACUGCAACGAGCUCAAGUCCAACGGCACAGAAAAGCGACCUGGUUUCGCAGACGACGCAAGGGCAGCAGCACCUGGUGGCGGCGAUGAUCCCGCACCGACCAAGAUCACGUCCGUGUGGAAGUUCAAGAAGUUCAAACCGGCGUUGUCGUCGCACUGCUCCUCCGACAGCAAGAUGUUGUGUUCCUCCAGUUCUGCGGCUGAAACCUCUGCUUCCGUGAAGGCUGAUUAGUGAGGUGAGGUUGUUACCUCAUUAGCUUACAUAUAUAUAUAGUUGUCAGAUGCGUGUCCUAGCUAUAUAUAUAUGCUUGUUGUGAGAUUUUGUAUGUUGAAAUUUUUACUCUCCGGACAGACAGACAGACAGCGAGAGGAGGCCGUCUCUCUCGGUAGAUUCCCACCUUUCAUUCGAUUUUCAUACAAAUGUGCUUGCUUUAUAGUAUAUGAGUUACCGGGUAUUUGUACCGAAUCGUUCCUGUUCUGUACUCCCCAUUUUUAUAUGUCAGUAAUGAUAGAAACUGUGACAAAUUUGCCA